AUGAUGCUGGCGGUCGCGAGUGGGCCGCCGCAGUCGCCGCGGGUGCUGGACAAUGCGCUGCAUCGGCGCAUCCGACGCAUCUUCUUUGGUCUCUACACGUCGCAGCUCGUGCUGCAGGUGGCCGUCGUUUCGAUCCUCGAGGGCGCCGUCUCCAGCGUCGACCUCGACAAGAUUGUGAUUGGGCAGCAGUACAUUUGGCUCCUUGUCGUGAUCCUCCUUCUGUGCCUCUUAAUCUUGUACCAAAAGCGGUGCCCGUAUCCUGCGAGCCUCGGCGUCUUGAGCACGUACACGGCCGUGCAAGGCGUGCUCCUGGCCGAGCUCGACCACCGCGCAACCGUCCCGAUCUGCCUCGCGUUUGACAUCUCGUUCUUGGUCACGCUCGUCGUCAUGGGCGCCGUCUCGCACGGGGUGGCGUCGCUUCUUGUCGUGGCCCUUGUUGCGACGGCCGUCAACUUUGGCGCGACCCUCUUUCGCUACCCGAUCUUCCUCGGCUGGAUCGGCACGCUGCUCUUCUUUGGGCUCUGGGUCACGUACGUUGCGUCGCGCAUUUCGCACAAGUUUACGCAGUACCUCAAGCACAACGAGCCGCACCGUGUGAUGCUCUACUACACGGACAUCAUGCUCUUCGUCUUCUUCAUGUUCUCGCUCGUCUUUAGCUGCAUCGCGUUCGAAGGGUGCGCGUGCUGCGGCGCGUCCGACGACAUUCCUGGCGUCAUCGACUUCCGCUUCCCGCUCGACCCGUCGCCGGCCACAGUUUUGGUGCUGCGGCCCAACGCCGUCCAGCCUGAUGCCGGCACGGCGCCCGACACGGCCGAGGUCAUCGCACGCUCGUAA